AUCUGGGCCGCGGGGCUUUGGGGACGGGGAGUGGAGCCAGGUCCCCGGGUCCCCACUCAAAUGCAGAUUGCCUGGCACAGCCUCAGUUUACGGAUUGAAAAGGGACACCCCUUCUCCCCCAGCCCCGUCUGUCUGCGGGUGCUCCUUGUUUCCUGCGGCAGGAACAUUUUGAUUGAAUGCUUCUGCGUUACAGGCAGGUCAAUGACUCGUUUGUCUCUUAGGGGUCAUUCUUUAGCUCUUAGGAGUCAUUCUUUUUUAUUGUUGCUUUAAAAAAAAAACAGGAUUUUUAAAAAAAGAUGUGAAUUCUGUCGUGUACAAUUCACCCAUUUAACGUUGAUCCAUUCACUGGCUUUUAGAAUGUGCGCGUUGUGCGUCUGGCACCAUAAUCAAUUUUAAACAUUUUUAUUACCCCCCAAAGACACACCGCCUUUAGCUACUGCCCCCCCCAACCCCAGGCCCUUGACAGCCGCUACUCCAUUUUCUGUCUGUAUACCCAUGCCUCUUCUGAACAGCUCUUAUAAAUGGAAUCAUGUAUUAUAAAGCGCCCUGUGCCUGCCUUCUUUCACGGUUCACCCAGGCCGUAGCCAGGGUGCCUUGUAUUGGGACAGAGGUUGGGAAAAGGACAGUGGGGUCACAUGGGACUGUAGGCCUCUCUCUCAGCAUCAGUUUCGGACAGAAGUCUCGCUGAUGGCCCCAUUGCCAGGGGCAGAGCUGGUCCAGAGGCCGCUGCAGCUCUACAGAUACUUGCUGCGCUGCUGCCGGCAGCUGCCGACCAAGGGCAUCCAGGAGCACUACAGACAUGUUGUCAGGCAGAGUUUCCGGGUUCAUUCAGAUGAAGACAACCCUGAGAGAAUCCAGCAGAUUAUUAAAAGAGCCAUUGAGGAUGCCGACUGGAUCCUGAACAAAUAUAAAAAACAAAACUGAGCCCCCAGAGCCUGAAGGAGAGUCGUUAUAGAGACAUCUGGGGCUUCUUCUCUUCUGGAACUAAGUAGCAGCAGCAGCGGCGGUGGCAGCGGCGGCGGCAACAGCAGCUUUGGAAUAUUCGCUGGCCUUGUUGGCAGAGAGAUCAAGAAAAUUUAGGAAGGAGCUGAUAUUUGUUCAGACGCUCUUGUUGCUGCAGUCAUGUUUCCAGCAUGCUUUAUGUUUGCUUUGCCUGCCAGAAAUGAUGCGCAAGUUGGGGACAAUGUGGUGUUUUUUUGUUUUUUCUCUGUGUUUUUCAUUUUUGUGUUUUUGGUGUUUUACAUUGCUCUGAAACUGAUCCAUUUAUUCUGGAGGUCUCUUUACCAGUCUCUGAGCCCCAAAGAAGAGGUCCCUAUAGGUGGCCCCCUGUACAGAGGGAAAAGAGUGGGCUUUAAAUCCGGACAGCUCUGGAUUUGAAUCCCAUUUUAUGACUUUUCUAGAGCAUUGUCUUUGAGCUCAGUGUCCUCCUUGGUGAGGAGGAGAUAAAAUGAAGUUGAAGUGCCUAAUACAGGGUAUGGGACGUGCCAGCCAGCAUCCCCCUGAGGACACCGCCCAGCGCGGCCCCUCCUGCUCCCACAGUACUCUGUGCCUCUAUAAUGUCGUGCACAUAAUGUCGGUCUCUGUGAUGUGUUUGUGAGCUCCUCCUGUCCCAGCUUGGAACCCCAGAUCCCUCGCAGCUGGGCCAUGCCCAGCAGUCCGCCAAGGCACUGCUUUGCUGAACCCUGUCCCUCUAUGCUCAAGAAGUAGAAGCCCUGGUCCUUGCCUUCAAGGAAUUGCCAGGGUCUUUGAGGCAGUGAUAUGCACAUUAGGUGAAACUAGGAAGAAUACCCGAGCAGUGGUGACAGACCCUGGCAUGUCCAGGCUUCUGGGAACCUGUGACCUGUCUUUGUAGGCCCUUCCCUGCUUUGCUACCAUCAUGGCAGGAUGGACAGUGGCGGGCGGUGGGGAGUGGAUAGGUUCAGGGAGAGUGGUGAGAGCUGGCAGAGCAGCCAGAAGAUGCAGAAAGUCCUCACAGGGACCCAAGUGUUCCCCGGGGGCGUGCAGCCGGUGGGAUGUGUUAGCGUGUGUGGGUGUCCUUGCAUUCAUGUAACUUACAGUGUCAUCCAUAUGUGUACCACCGAUUAACAAAUAAGUGAAGUAAAUGUAUUGAUUUGUGAAAGUUCUUGUCUUUUCUCAAUGGAUAGUCCCCAAACGUGGAUUGUCCCCCUACUGAGUGCUGAGGACUUAGGUAAGUCAGACAGAGCUGCGCGGAGGGAUCAUGCUUCAGAGCUGUCCCUGAAGCACAGAGGGGAAUCAGGGAGGUCCUCAGAGGAGAUGA